CAUGCAGUGUACCAAUGAUCAUGCUGAUAAUCUUUUUUAAGUUGCAAAUAAUACCGGUUAUUAGGGCUAAGCCACCAGUCCCCUGCUACUUCAUUUUCGGGGACUCUCUGGUCGAUAAUGGCAAUAACAAUAAUCUUCAAACUCAAGCUAAAGUGAACUACCCUCCCUAUGGCGUUGAUUUUCCUGGUGGAAAUGCCACUGGAAGAUUCAGCAACGGCGAAAACAGUGCUGAUAUUUUAGGUAAGCUUUUGGGGUUUGAUAAUUACAUUCCGCCCUACGCAACUGCAAGAGGAGAGGAAAUUUUGCAAGGGGUAAAUUAUGCAUCUGGAGGAGCUGGAAUUCGCUCUGAAUCAGGAAGAAACCUGGGAGCACGGAUUAGCUUAGACCAACAGUUGCGAAAUCACCGAUUUACAGUUUCACGACUAGGUGUUUUACAAAGAAACACAAGUUAUACUAAGGAAUAUCUAGGCAAGUGCAUUUACACUGUUGGAAUGGGAAGUAACGAUUACAUCAACAACUACUUUAUGCCCAGCAAUUUCUCUACAAGUAGUCUAUAUAAUCCAGAUGAAUACGCGGAUGUUCUUAUUCAACAGUACACCAAACAGCUUGAGUCUCUUUAUGAUGCUGGAGCUAGAAAAGUUGCUGUUUUUGGACUGGGGCUAAUAGGUUGUACACCAUUCCAAAUAUAUACAUUUGGUAAGAAUGCAUCAGGGUGUGUUGAUAAGGUAAAUGAUGCAGUUGCAUUAUUCAAUAAACGAAUGACACCUCUUGUUGAUGGCUUGAAUAACAAUUUUACUGAUGCAAAGUUCAUCUACAUCAACACUACUCAUAUUUCUCAUCUAGAUCCUGCUUCUUCUGGUAACACUCCCUGUUGCAUAUCCUCGGUAUAUUCUGAUAAGGGACAGUGUGAACCAAAUCAGCAUCCUUGCACUAACCCACAAAACUAUGUGUUCUGGGAUCACCAUCACCCUACUGAAAAGGCAAAUAAUGUAACAGCAUGGAGGGCAUAUAAGGCUACUACUCCCUUGGACUCGUAUCCAAUGGAUAUCCGUAGAUUGGCUCUACGGUGA